UCCAUUUCUGCCGUCACGUCCACCGGAUCGGAAUCCAGUCACGCGAAUUCCCUGACCGGUCGUCGUCGUCCCAUCCGGCUCCGGCGACCUCCUGCCCCCUGCUCCUCCACCGCCGCCGCCCGCGGGUCCAGCCGAGAUGGGGAGCACCUCCUCGAUGCUCACCCAGUACGACAUCGAGGAGGUCCAGGACCACUGCAACCACGCCUUCUCGCAGCAGGAGAUCGUGUCCCUGUACCAGCGCUUCUGCCAGCUCGACCGCAACGGCGGCGGCUUCGUCUCGGCCGACGAAUUCAUGUCCGUCCCCGAGUUCGCGGUCAAUCUCCUCUCCCAGAGGCUCCUGAGGAUGCUGGAUGGGCUCAACUUCAAGGAGUUUGUGGCGUUUUUAUCUGCGUUUAGCCCCCGCACAAGCCUGCAGCAAAAGAUUGAAUGUCGGUAUCAGUUAUUUUCAAGGUUUAUGACACUGACUGCAAUGGGAAGGUUGCAUUUGAUGACAUCUUGAGCAUCUUGCGAGAUCUGACGGGUUCGUUUAUGACAGAGCAACAGAGACAGAAAGUCUUGACUCAUGUGUUAGAAGAAGCUGGCUACACAAAAGAUUCACAUUUCACUGUCCCAGACUUCAUGAAGAUUCUUGGCAAUUCUGAGCUCAAGAUGGAGGUCGAAGUUCCCAUUGACUAAUAACUUAAUAAGUAUCUGUAUAGUAUUGUCAUGCUGUUGCUCAGAGUGUGUUCAUUUAUGUUAGAUUUGGUUGAUGGUUUAUUUAUAUCCUUGUAACUCAAAUCAUGAUCAGAGUUGUAAUUAAGCAUACAUCUGUACUUGCUAUUUGGAGGUUUAGUUGACUCUGACAUAUGCUCCUUUCCACUUGUCUAUGCCUCAUGUCAUGUUCCAUAUACCCUUACUGCCAUAAGGUUCACUGCCAAGUGCCAAAUAUGUCAACUUUUUCGCAGAUAAUAAAAGCAUCAGUGAAUAUAGGGUUCUCAUUAGUACUACCGCACUGUACUAGUUAAUAUCUUGUGAAUGGUCAUAAUCUUGUAUAUAUGUGUUGAUGAACUUGCCGUGUGCCAAAGAAGAAACUGGAAGCAUGGUGAACAUUUCAGAUUUAACUGAAAUAUAACAAUACUAAAUUCAUUUGGUCAGGGUGCACAAGGUGCCUGGUUGUUUAUUCUCAGAUAUGCAGGACAGCAGAAGCCAAUAAUAUUGUGUUGGAUUUGUGCCUGUCAUGGCCAACUUGAGGAAACCCUAUAAAAUGGAAGGGAUGGCAGAACUAUUGGAGUUUAGCCAGGGAAACAUCUUUAGCUCGUCGGUGUCAAUCUUGGUCAUAGAUGGAUACAGACUUUCAUGUUAACGCAAAUGACAAACAUUGAACAUCAAUCAGGGCUUUUUACCAAGAUGGCAGAAAACGAUACUAUUCAGUUACAGAGAGCAAUAUUCGCCCAGUACAUUAUGAUGAAAAAGUUAUUUAUGGAGCUAGAAGUGGAAAGAGAAGCUUCAGCUACCGCUGCAAGUGCGGCCAUGUCAAUGAUUCGAAAGCUUCAGAAAGAGAAGGAUGCAGAGAGGAUGGAAGCAUGGCAGUACAAAAGAAUAGCUGAGGAAAAGAUGAACCACACUGACGGAGCACUGGAGAUUCUAAAGGAGGUGAUGGAGCUAAAGGAAUUGGAGAUCUCGUAUCUGAGGAACAAACUGAAGGCGUAUAAACACAAGCUAUUAGAUGCUGGCAUUGAUGAUUCUGACAUUGCUGAUGAGACAAUAGCUAGUAAUAUACCUAUGUUUGAAAGCAAGAACGUGGAGAAUCUUUGUCGUAAGAUCAGAAGGAAUUUCUCUCUGCCAACUUUGCGGUUGAAUAAACUAUAUACUGAUAUUGACAUCAACAAAACUGGUGGAGUACAAUCAGCAAGGAGCAGGCCGAGUGAUGAUGGGUGGGAGCGUAUUUCAACAGAUGGUAUGGCUUUAGAGCCCAAGAAAAGCUUGUCAACGGAUGUGAACAGUACAGAAAAGCAAACUGAAGAACCGAAACCUCCAAGCAGUGAAGCUUUACAUGACUCUCAGCCAUUGGAGGAGUCUUCAUGUUGUUCCUUGUUAUCAGUGAGUCAUCAGACAGAUAUAUUAAGUGAAACAGCAGUUCAGGUCAGGGGAGAUGUGGAAUACACGGUGAACCAUGAUGGACCCAAGGAGUCUUGUUUAGGUACUGAAACGGGUGAACUAACAGUUCAUCCUCUAAGUGGACUUGACCCGCUCCAAAUUCCAGAAAGAAGCAAUGUGACGACUGAUUCCUCGUGUACUGGAAGUGAAAUACUUACAGAGGAAUCAGAACUGUCUCCCUCAGUUGCUGCCAAAGGGCGAGGGCCACGUAGUCUAUCCAGGUUCGCUGCAACAAGAAAAAUUGGAUCCAUGAAUAAUGUUGAUAGACAUGUUCGUCGAAGCUCUGGGAGUCAGACACCGCGAGCUGGUGUUGAGAGAACCAGAUCAAGGCUAAAGCGCGUGCAAAGUGAAAAGAUGGUUGAGCUAGGUGACCCUAAAACUAACAAGGAGCAGAUCAUAAUGCUGAAGGAGGUAUACGAGCAGCUUGGCAUGAUAGAGUCACACAUGAGACCUUCUGGUUCUCAGGAAAGCCCCCGAAAUGACACAUCAUUAGAUUCUGUUAUGGAGGCGGCUCUGUCCUUCUCCAUAUAACCCUGUCAGGCUUGUGCCAUCUGAAGCAUGUCUUGAGGCCAUCUGGUGGCAAUUCAUGUUUCUGAAUCUGGCGGCACAUUAUCGCAUACUUCACUUUUUUGAGGGAUAGCAAAACAAAGGCGAGCCCUUUUCUGUUUAAAUAUCUCCUUCAUCAACGCAAUACAGUGAAAACUGGGGAAUGUGUGGGCACAGUUCACAUUGUUAAAUCUAGCGCCAUCCCAAAAGUGCGUAUGUUGUAAGGUUGUUCACUUGUUUGCGCAGGCAUUCGCCUGCUGGCAUGUUCGAUUGUAUCUGAUGUGUAUAUAGAUGAAGGUAAGGAAGACAAAGGCGGGGUAUGGAGAAGGGCAGGUGCAGGAUUGUGCUGCAGAUAACCUUUGCUACACUGAGUAUUCAUUCGCACAGUGGCAUCCCCCUGCCAGAACAUCUCAGUUAGUUAAUUCCAGGGCCUGAGGUGCCCCAAAAAAACGUCAUGAAAAAAAAAUCGUGAUUUUGGCUAA